UCACAUCGUCACUUUGCCAUUCAGCAUCCAUCCACUCCUUUUUAUACUAACAUUACAGCAGUAGGGGCCUACAAUAUGUCCUCGGCACCCCCCUCGCGAGAUGUAUACCUCGCACCCGGCUUCCAGGCCUCGACGCUAAAGCGCCUAACACCUCCCAGAUCCAUCUUGCUCGAGCACAGUAUUCGAUACGCGAGCAACGCCAAGAAGGCCGACCUCGUCGAGUUGUUUACGACUCAGCUCCUCCCUCGCGCCGGCAGCAUCCUCGCCGCCGACUCGCGAGUGCGCCCAUCGGCGCACGGUAUUGUUGCCGUCUCCUCUGAGACUGGCGACGAGCGGCCGGUCGUCACUCCGCCGAGCACUGGCGUGAAACGCGGCCGGAAGCCGAAGAAGGUCUCUGAGCCCGCACCAGAGCCCGCCGCCGCCGAAACGGAGGCUGAGGCUGAUGUCGAGCCGGCACCGCCCGCCAAGAGGCCCAGGGGAAGGCCGAGGAAGACGGUCGAGGCCCCCGCGGCGGCCCCGGUGGUUGACGCGCCGCCCGUCCCCCAGAUCCCCUCUCCGUUCCUCGCGCCUGCCCCUCCCUCGGCGCCCGCGUCGACAAAGAAGCGUGUCGUGAAGGAGCCGAUCGUGGACAUUCCCGUAUCGCCUGCGAGACAGCGCGCCCAGCGGUCCGUGUCUGGUGUCACCCCGUCGUCUCCGGCACCACCGUCCUCCAGCUCUCGUAGAAAGAGCGAGCGCCCCUCCGUGUCGACCGCGAGCGACUCGCUCGCACCCCCCGUCCCGGAGAUCCCGGUCCACCUUGCGUCGCCGUCCAAGCGCCAGGCCAAGGCUGAGCCCGAGGUGCAGGAGGCGCCCGUCGCCCCCACACCCAGGAAGGUCGGUCGCCCUCGCAAGAGUGUUAAGGCGGCCGAGAUCAAGGAGGAGAGAAGCGAGCCAGAGGAGGCUCCGGCCCAAGAUCGUCGUAUCAGCAAGGGCCGACGAUCGGACGCUGAUGCCGAUGAGUCUGGCUUCUCCGACUUCAACCCGUUCCAGAGUGGAAGUGGGGAAGCCGCCGACCGCGAGCGUCGCAGGCGCAAGUCGUCGCUCGGCCUCGGGGAAACCAAGCGUCGUGCCCCUCGACCCUCCGAGUGGACAGCCACGUCCGCGCCGACGUCCAUCCUUCGCAAGGUCGGCCCCAGCGGCGUUGACCAGCGUGUACCUUCCAGCAGGACGCACAUUGAGAUCGCUGAAGAGCACAACCGUGUCGUUCAGCAAAAGCUCACGGAGAUCACCUCGUCGUCUGUCGUGGACGAGCCUGAGGUCGACGUCUCACAGGCUGUUGUGCGGACGCCCCGCAAGGCGAUCAUCCGCCGUAAGCCGUCUCCUGGACCGGCCCAGACGACCAUCGGAGUCUUUGUGCUGGCGAUCCUCAGCCUUGGGCUUGCCACAAACUACAAGAUUACGUCGUCCUCCAACGGCUUUUGUGACGUUGGCUCGCGUACGAACUCUGUGGUCGAGCAGCGCGAGGCGGCCAUCGCCUCGGCUCAGGCCUGCGUUAGCCGCCGAGCUCAGUGGCAGGUCGAGAACCCCGGCCAGACCCCCCCGUUCGGUUGUGACGUCGGCUCUCUCCCCCUCCUGCCUUUCCUCCCCCGCCCUACCGCCUGCACGACCUGCCCCGCACACGCAACUUGCGAGAAGGGCGAGGUGAAGGAGUGCGCUCCCGAGUACAUCCUUACUCCGAGCAUCCUCUCCCCGCUGGCGCCCCUCUUUGACGGCUGGCCUGGCCUCAAGAGCCGUGUCCUCCCCCCGAAGUGUCGCCCCGACACGGCCCGUAUGCGCCAGAUCGGUGCUCUUGUCCGUGAGGUCAACGGCGAGCUGUCGCGUCACCGCGGCGAUGUGAUCUGCAAGGGCAUCCCCGACCAGGGCUCCAAGGGUGCGGGCGAGAUCUAUGGCGUGGCCGAGGCGGAUCUGCGCGAGUCGUUCGCGGCGAGGCGCAUUCAAAAGGUGUCUCGCGAGGCCUUUGACGAGCUCUUUGACGCUGCGAUCAAGGACCUGGUCGAGCAUGGCGAUGUCGUUGAGUCGAUUGACUCUGACGGCGUUUCGUGGUACGCGGCGUCGCACGCCGAGUUCACCUUAGCAUGCCGCGCCAAGCUCGAGGCCCAGAGCCUUCUUGACAAGUGGAAGAGCCAGCUGCUUUCCACUGCCUUUGUCAUUGUGGGAAUCCUCUACGUCAUUCGCAGCGCCGAAGCCCGCCGCGAAGAGACGAAGCGCGUACGCGAGCUGGUCGGCACUGUCCUCCAAAGGCUGCAAGACCAGGAGUACCAGCACUACGUCGACCCUGUGGUCACCUCGCAGCCCUACCUUCCAGCGCAGCAGCUGCGCGAUGUCGUGCUUCCCCCUUCCGUCGGCCAUGCUACUCGUCAGCGCCUCUGGGACCGGGUGGCCGGCGAGGUGGAGAAGAACGCCAACAUCCAGGUCCGGGAGCGAGAAGUGCACGGUGACGUGUGGAAGACGUGGGAGUGGACUGGUGUUGCAUCCAAGCAGAUUGACGGCGCGGCGUCGCCGUCGCGAGCGAUUUCGUUUUAGGUAGUAUCCAUGUGUGCGUGUGUAAGGUCUUGUUCGCGUGUGUGGCCAU